AAAAGUCUCACACAAUUUCGACGCUGUCAAAACUGUGAAUAUAUAAUAUUGAUUUUUUUUUUGCGCCGAAAAAUCAUGAAUAAUCAAAAGUCGAGGCUGAAACGAAUUGACAUAAUCGCAUUAGAGUUCGGUGGGUAUGAGGUAGAGCACCAUCCUGCACCAUCCGAAGGUCAAAGCCGAAAACGAAAGCACAAUGCAAGUGGCAACAACAUUGAGUACGAUGCGCUAAAAAUUGCCGCGAUGAAACCUCUCGUACCAUUGAAAAAAUUGAGGCUCGACGAUAAUCAAAAUUCCAAGCUUAAAUCCAAGCUGACGCUAACCGAUAUGCCCUACGACAUUUUUGAGCCGAUCUUCAAACGCUUGAAUCUGAUCGAUCUCUUAAGCAUAGCUGAUGUCAGCAAAUAUGGAAGAAAAAUGGCCCAAAUUUAUUAUUGGUGGAAGUAUCGAAAGUCAACCGUUUGCAUAACCAGCCAUUUUACGACCAAUCAACGUAUGUACGACAUAAACGAUGGCGAAAUUGUGAUAAAAGAUUAUAAAACAACAGUCGAUCUAUUUCGAUGUUUUGGUAAAAUGGUUAAAUCACUUGAAGUGAUUAGUUUUCCGAAAUUUCAAUCGAUACUACAUCAUGUGAAAUAUAUAAUGAUGCUUCAUAAGAUAUCCGAAUGCCUAGAUCUUACAUUGACAAAACUUAAGAUUCAAGGUGACGAAAAAACGGUUCUAAGUGGUCUACGUACACAUUGGGCUUGGCAAUUAACAAUUAACGGAAAAGUAACGCAUGAUUGUUUGUUAAAUAAAUUAUUAUUAGAUCCACGGAAUGGAAACUAAUCCAACACAAUAUUAACCCAACACAUAUUUAAUCCAAAGAGAAAUGAUAUAGCUUAAGUAGGACCAUUUUGUUGAUACCAUGUAGGACCAGAUUGAGAAUUACACAAUUUGAUAGAUUAAAAUUCAUCCAAAGAAAGUAUUUUUCCAAAGCUCCAAUUUGUAAUUGUCAAAAAUUAUUAUAUCAAAUCAUCAUUCAACAAAGAUAAUCAUUCGAUAAGGAAAACAUUUUGUAUACAGUAGAAGAUUACGUAUGCUAAACAAUAAGUUUCAUGGGAAAAAUUGACAUAAAAAAUAGUGCAACACUAUUCAGGGAUUAAAAAAAUCCAAAAUUUCUUUGCAAAAAAAUUCAAAAAUAGAUCAAGU